AUGCCUAGUCGAGGGCCAACCGCGUGUCCCGUCCACAGCAUACCUUGUAAAGGAACAAUCGAUCACGACCACCGUGAACUCUACAUUCAAAUUUGCAAGCCGGGACCUGACGGUGCCGUUCACUGGUUGAUAUUUAUGAAGUGUCCAGGUGCUACCCGUGGUAUCCGGCUCCACAGCACUGGCUACAAGGGCAAUCGUCGAUUGUCUAUAGAACCUGACAAGAGAUUUAAUAGCUGGCAAGUCGAAGACACGCACUAUCUCGGUAUCAUUCCUGCAGAUGACAGAAUCAUUGUCCCAAAAGAGGCGGAAAAGAUUCCGUUACAGAGCUGCCAGCUCUGGGCUUGUUACCUGAUGCUUAGACUUGAGCGCAAGGGACUGCUCCGAAAAGGGACCUUUGACCAUUAUAUGCACUGUUACAAGCAUAAGUUUUUAGAGGAUUAUGGACCAGGAGAUGGCAUCUUUCAUGGGCGUUAA